GACGCGACUGUCUAUUUUUCACGCGCAUGCGUAUACCCGUUGUUGAUCACAGGCUAGUUUCGUUAGCCAAGCAGCUUCGUUGGUUUUGCCUGAACGUACUGCCUGUUUCGCAGUCAGUAGGUUAGUUUUCUGUGUGCACAGUCCUAUAGUGACCUCGUUUUUACACCAUGCUACAGUUCCUGGCUGGCUUCACUCUGGGGAACGUUGUGGGGAUGUACCUCGCUCAAAACUAUGAUGUCCCCAACAUUGCCAAAAAAAUCGAAGCUUUUAAGAAGGACGUGGAAGCCAAGAAGCAGCCCCCAGAGUGACAAAGCAGGACCAUGUUGCAAGCAAGAACAGUUUGAUUCUACAGAGAAGCUAUUUAUUUCACAGGGUUAUGGUAUAAUGAGUGUACAUUCGAUAAAAGGACUGAUAAUGUAAAAUAUGUAUGAGAAUAUUAACAGUGCCUGGAACAGUAUUUUUCAUCAUUUAGUUAUAUAGGCAUGUUCUCAUUGUAACCUAUUUUUGUAAGAUACAUUGUGCAAAGUGUGGAUUUAAAGAACAUUAUAACUAACUGGGAUCACUUUAUGUCCAGUGUCAUGGCACUGUUGGCUGGCCUUUUCUAUGAUGUUUUAACUUACACGACACUCAGUAUCUCCACAUUAAGUGGAGAAAAAAAAUAUUCUCUAAAAUUAGCAAAUGCAUGCUCCCUUUAACCGAGCAUGCAUUUGCUCUUCUGUGUUGUAUUCCACUAAGUUUAAAGAGAUUCUUUCACUAUGUGCUGAACUGUCAAAAACAGCUGCCAAGCUUUUAUAUUAGUGCAAACACAAUUCUGAAUCAUUUAGCUUACAAUAAAGUUGCUGAUAAAGAA